UAAAAGAAAAUCUUCUUGAAAAUUGUUCAUGUAAGGACACACAGAUUCUGGCUGCAUUGUAUGUAUGUAGGGUCGCUCGGUGAUGUGUCUUCUUCAUUCUCUUUUACUUCAUCUUUGCCUCCUCACAUCUGCAAAAACACUUUCCCCCACGCCAGCCUUUAACCCUAAAAUCUUUAGUCUCUUCGUUUAUUCAUUCCUCCAUCAACGUUUACUUCCCGCAAUCCAAUAAUUAAAACAGAGCAACAGUUCGAUUUUCAUUCACAAGUAAUAUGAGAAACCCUUCUUCUGCUGCUAAAACCCCCUGUUGCAGCAAGGUGGGGAUAAAAAAGGGCCCAUGGACUCCGGAAGAAGAUGAGAUCUUAUCCAAUUAUAUCAAGAGAGAAGGUGAAGGCCGAUGGCGCACGCUCCCAAAGCGUGCCGGUCUGCUCCGCUGCGGCAAGAGUUGCCGUCUCCGGUGGAUGAAUUAUCUCAGACCCUGCGUUAAAAGAGGCCGCAUAGCUCCUGAUGAAGAAGACCUUAUUCUUCGCCUCCAUCGCUUGCUCGGAAACAGGUGGUCUUUGAUAGCUGGAAGAAUCCCAGGACGAACUGACAAUGAGAUCAAGAAUUAUUGGAAUACCCAUCUUAGCAAGAAGUUGAUUAGUCAAGGAAUAGAUCCAAGAACCCACAAGCCAUUAAACCCAUUUCCUUCUUCCUCGGAUAAUAUAGAAGAUAAUAAUCAUCUUGCAUCAACUUCAAACCCUAACCCUAAUCCUGAUUUUAAUCCUGGUUCUUUAGAAAGCGAAACAGCAGCUACUCAAAGCAAUGAAAAUUUCGUUUUCAAUCUUCAUAAUCAUAAUCAAAAUAAGAAAGUGGAGGAUAACGAAAUGGUGAUGGAUGGUUUCAUGAUGGGUUUACCAACUAGCCAUUCUUCAAACAUCAACCAGGAAAACUAUGUUAACGAAGAUACAUUCUCUUCAUUCCUCGAUUCCCUAAUUAAUGACACAGUGUUUAUGAGCCUUCACCAGCAGCAGCAGCCAAACCCAGUUCACCAACUCUCGAGUAGUCACCAUGGUAACAUUUGGGAAGGUGAAGUUUUAUCAGCUAUGCCUGGUUUAAGUGAGGAAGAAAGGGCCUUGGGUCGUCAUCACCACCUUGCAUGAAGCUGAAAAGGAAUUGAAUCAUGAUUAAAUAGGUUUGAUUAAUUACUUGUGUGAUUUUAUGGUUGCAUUGUUAUUAGUUCGAUAUUAUGUUUCUUUACUAGACUUGGUUUUCAUUUUCAUGUUGUUGUGUUCUCAAUUAAUAUCCAUUACUCUAUGCUGUAAAAAUUAUUUUAGAAAAAAUUUAAGUUAUUGUUGUGA